AUGUCAAUGAUAAUUGCUCAAACUUAUUUCGGUUCUGACAUUCAAAAAUCAUUAGGUUCUCUUCCUUGUUUUCCAUGGGCAAAAUACCCUGGAGAAAAACAUCUUCCCGGUCAUAAUUACACUGGUCCAGAAAAUUCAUUAGAAACACCAAGUGAAGACAACCACCAGAAAUUGGCUAGAAUAAACGAUAAAGCUGCCAAAUGUAAGAUGAAAUCAUAUGCAGAUCAAAAGUUCCAUGCCAAAUCAUCUGAUCUCAUGCAAGGAGACUUGGUAUUAGUGAAACAGAAUAAAGUCGAUAAAUUGUCUACGCCUUUUAGUGCUGAACCAUCCCUUGUAAUAGAUGUAAAAGGAUCUAUGAUUACACUGAAACGACCUAAUGGUAAAGUUUAUGCAAGAAACAGCUCGUUACUAAAAAGGGUACCAACUACGUCAAAUCAGCUCAAUAAAGCAACAUCCGAUUCUGAAGAUGACAUCGAGGAUGAUAGUUAUGCUCAACGACCAAAUCCAAUAAUUCCACAACCAAUGAGAAGAAACCCAAGAAGACAUCGUAAUAGACCCCGUUAUCUAAAUGACUAUGUUUUGGGCAAAUUUUAA